UCUGUCUCUCCCCCUUUCCCUCUCUCCCUCCCUCCCUCCCCUUCCCUGCCAUGAGACCUGUCAGUUUCUGCCUGUGGAGCCCAUGGGGGCUGCUGCUGUGCCAGCUGUGCAACUGGUGCUUGGGGUCUCCAUCUCCCUCCACGGCCCCCAACAAGAAGAUGGGAAGCCAGGGGCUUCGGUUCCGGCUGGCUGGCUUCCCUAGGAAGCCCUACGAGGGUCGAGUGGAAAUACAGCGAGCUGGUGAAUGGGGCACCAUCUGUGAUGAUGACUUCACACUGCAGGCAGCCCAUGUCCUCUGCCGGGAGCUGGGCUUCACAGAGGCCACAGGUUGGACCCACAGUGCCAAAUACGGCCCUGGAACAGGCCGCAUCUGGCUGGACAACCUGAGCUGCCAUGGCACUGAGCAGAGCGUGACUGAAUGUGCCUCCCGGGGCUGGGGGAACAGUGACUGUACCCAUGAUGAGGAUGCCGGGGUCAUCUGCAAAGAUCAGCACCUCCCAGGCUUCUCGGACUCCAAUGUCAUUGAGGUGGAGCAUCAUCUGCAAGUAGAGGAGGUGCGACUUAGACCAGCCGUUGGGUGGGGCAGGCGACCCCUACCUGUGACUGAGGGUUUGGUUGAAGUCAGGCUUCCAGACGGCUGGUUGAAAGUGUGUGACAAAGGCUGGAGCACCCACAACGGCCACGUGGUCUGCGGGAUGCUGGGCUUCCCCGGUGAAAAGAGGGUCAACAUGGCCUUCUACAGAAAGUUGAGGAAGCGAGCGGCCAAAGCCUCAGCCCGACGCCCCAAAUCCCCUGGAAGGUUGCUGGCUCAGCGGCAGCAACACUUCUUUGGUCUGCACGGAGUGGCAUGUGUGGGCACAGAGGCCCACCUCUCCCUCUGUUCCCUGGAGUUCUAUCGUGCCAAUGACACCGCCAGGUGUCCUGGGGGCGCUCCUGUGGUGGUGAGCUGUGUGGCUGGCCCUCUCUACUCUACGUCCAAUGGCCAGAAGAAACAACAACACUCAAGGCCUCAGGGGGAGGCUCGAGUGCGUCUGAAGGGUGGUGCCCAUCCUGGAGAGGGCCGAGUGGAAGUCCUGAAGGCUGGCACGUGGGGCACAGUCUGUGACCGCAAGUGGGACCUGCAGGCAGCAAGUGUGGUGUGUCGAGAGCUGGGCUUUGGCAGUGCUCGAGAGGCUUUGACUGGCGCCCGCAUGGGACAGGGCAUGGGUGCCAUCCACUUGAGUGAAGUUCGAUGUUCUGGCCAGGAGUCCUCCCUCUGGAAGUGUCCCUCCAAGAACAUCACUGCUGAGGACUGUUCUCACAGCCAGGAUGCUGGAGUCCGAUGUAACCUGCCCUACACUGGGGUGGAGACCAAGAUUCGACUCAGUGGGGGCCGCAGCCGACAUGAGGGGCGAGUCGAGGUGCAAGUAGGCGGACCUGGGCACCUCCGCUGGGGCCUCAUCUGUGGGGAUGACUGGGGAACGCUGGAGGCCAUGGUGGCCUGUAGACAGCUCGGUCUGGGCUAUGCCAACCAUGGCCUACAGGAGACCUGGUACUGGGACUCAGGGAAUAUAACCGAGGUGGUGAUGAGUGGAGUGCGCUGCACAGGGAUGGAGCUAUCCCUGGACCAAUGUGUCCAUCAUGGCACUCAUGUCACCUGCAAGAGGACAGGGACCCGCUUCACCGCUGGAGUCAUCUGUUCUGAGACAGCCUCUGAUCUGCUGCUGCACUCUGCACUGGUGCAGGAGACUGCCUAUAUCGAGGACCGGCCCCUGCACAUGCUGUACUGUGCUGCAGAAGAGAACUGCCUGGCCAGCUCCGCCCGCCUGGCCAACUGGCCUUAUGGCCAUCGACGUCUGCUCCGAUUCUCUUCCCAGAUCCACAAUCUGGGACGAGCAGACUUCAGACCCAAGGCUGGGCGCCACUCCUGGGUGUGGCAUGAGUGCCAUGGGCAUUACCACAGUAUGGACAUCUUCACUCACUAUGAUAUUCUGACCCCCAAUGGCACCAAGGUGGCGGAGGGCCACAAAGCAAGUUUCUGUCUAGAAGACACUGAAUGUCAGGAGGAUGUCUCCAAGAGGUACGAGUGUGCCAACUUUGGAGAGCAAGGCAUCACUGUGGGUUGCUGGGAUCUCUACAGACAUGAUAUCGACUGUCAGUGGAUUGACAUCACAGAUGUGAAGCCAGGAAACUACAUUCUCCAGGUGGUCAUCAACCCAAAUUUUGAAGUAGCAGAAAGUGACUUCACUAACAAUGCAAUGAAGUGUAACUGUAAAUAUGAUGGACAUCGCAUCUGGGUGCACAACUGCCACAUUGGUGAUGCCUUCAGUGAAGAGGCCAACAGGAGGUUCGAACGCUACCCUGGCCAGACCAGCAACCAGGUUGUCUAAAAUGUCACCACCAUCCUCUUCAAACCACCACUGGCCCCCAGUGGUAAGGGUCUGAGGCUGCCAUUACCUCAGGAGCUUACCAUGGAACCCUUGAUGGUAGCAGGCCCACCACAUUCAUCCACCCAUGGACUGUGGAUAUGGAAAUGACAAGCAGAAGUUUUUCUUCCCAGACUGGUUGUCAGUAUCUGUGCCAGCAUGGAGAUCUCUGUUCCUAGGCCCAGCAUGGAGCAGAUCACACCAAUGAGCAGCAACUGACUAAAUUCCCAGAAUAUCAGAUGGCAGCCACUCAUUUUCUUGAAUAUGAGGUCAGGAGGACCAGCUCCCACUAUCUCCCUUGAGAGGGGAUACAGCUUUACCUCUAGUGUUUUGGUGGGGGAAAAGAUCCAGCUACCUUCCCCCAUGUUUGACUAUAAGAUGUUGCUAGGUAUAAUUUUAUUUUAGGUGAAAAGGUUUUUGUUUUCGUUUUUGUUUUUGGU